AUGACUUUUGCUAAACAUGCUUCCACAUCAUCAAGUCAGGAAACAACCAGUUAUUUUGAAACUGAAAGUUGCUGCAAAACUGAUAGUCAGGGUACAGAAGCAUCUGUUAUCAGAAUUGAUAGACUUGGAAAAUUCAAUGAAUUCUUGGAAACAUGUGACAUAAGCCCUGUAAAGUGUCUAACUGAAUCUUUAGAGAAGUCAAGUGAGAGAACAAAAAGAAGAUAUUUAUCAAAAGCUAAUACUUGUAUAACUGCUCUACUGAACACUAUUUGUCCUGAUGGUUCUGAGUUCAUCAAACAUUCUCUUUUUGGAGAGCAAGAAAAUGACAAAAAUAAAACCACAAGCUCUUUGUUGGAUGCUAUUGUCAGCUCAUACAUGGUUGCAAACACCUCAACGUUGAGGAGACAGUUAUUAUCAAUAGCAACAAAUGAUUACAGUUUUGCAGAAGUCAGUGCCAGUAUACCAGGAUUAUCUCACUACAAGUUUUAUUCUGCUAAGAAACAUGCACAAAAUAUUGGUUUAGGUGUUCCUGCACAAACAUCAAAGAUUCCUCGUUCAAAAAUAAAUGAUGGACAGCUUGACCAUUUUUUAGACUUCAUUACUUCAAACCACUUGAUCAAAGAUUUACCAAUUGGAGAAAAAACAUUACAGCUUGCAACUGGAGAACUCAUUCAAACACCAAAUGUAAUCAGAAGUAUUGCCCCUGCAACAAUCAUCAGGCAGUAUACACAGCUCUGUGAGGAUGAAAACAUUCAGCCUUUAGGCACAAGUACUAUGUACAAGAUUUUGACCGACUGCAGUGCUUCAGUCAGACAGUCUAUGGAGGGUCUUGGCUACUAUAUUUCUGAGGGAAGUCGAGCAUUUACAGAUCUCACAGAAACUGUAGAACAGUUAGAUUUAACCUUGGAUGAAAAGAAGAAAACACUGGAUAAUUUGGUGGUAGCAAAGCAUUACCUAAAAACAGAUUAUAAGCUACAUGUAAAUACAUCAUCAUCCAUAGCAGACCAUUGUUGUUCGUAUGCUUUGAGUGAAGAAAAAGGACCCUUCUGCCAACAAUGUGAUAACCAUUCGCAUACUGAUGAAUGCCAACGGUGUAGUUUUGUUGAUGAAACACUAUCUUUUAUUUCAAAGAGUGCAUUUGAAAGACACUGGGAUAAUCCUGAAGCUGUGCUCUUUAAGGUUGAAAAAGCUAUAGCUGAUAUCUAUGAAUGGAAGAGUCAUAUCCUUCGAUCAAAAAAUCAAGAAAAGGCAAGACAAGCUGUUGUGAACUGUCUUGGGGAAAAUGAGGCUUUCAUGGUAGCUGACUGGGCCAUGAAAUUUUCACCGCGAAAGUUUAGAAAGGGCAAGACAGAUUGGUUUGGAAAGAGAGGCAUUAAUUGGCACAUUACUGUAACUAUGUUAAAAUCAGAGGGAAGUGUGAAAUUUCUUACACAUGUGCAUAUAUUUGAACAACCAACCCCUCAAGAUGCAGCUACAACUGGAGCUAUUCUGGUCGAUGUGGUUCAAAAUAUCUGUCAAAAAGGUCAAGAUAUGGUCAGAUAA